AUGGGUACCGAUCCUUCUACAGUGGCCAAGCUAAAAGACGAUGUAUGGGGCUUAGGAGACGACGCGUAUGCCACAAUUUUUGACGUGUACCACCAAAUCCAUUGCUUAAACUCACUGCGACACAUCGCAUACAGCAACUACUACAAUCUCAGCAUGGCGCGGGUGCACACAGUCAAGCAGCGCGAGAUUCACCUCAACCAUUGUAUCGACAUCCUACUCCAGGGGAUUCAGUGCAAUGCGAACCUGGAUCUCAUUCCGCUGCACUGGGUGGAGACACAGGAGUAUCCGUUCCCGGAUAUGUCGAUCAACAAGAAGUGUGUCAACUUUGACGGGCUGACAGAGUGGCGGAAGGCGAAUACUGUUGAUAUGGAUAAGUACGUGAAGGUUAUGAAGAUGCCAGAAGUGAAUAAGCCGGGGGUCAAGGAGCUUCCUGCUGCAGAUCAGUACUAUGAGUAUUGGGGAUUUGACAAUCCGAACCAUAAACCCGAAGCUGAGGGAGGACACGGGUUGCCGAUGGAUGUCGACUCGAACUUGUAG